GGUGCUUUAGGACUGCCGAAGCUCAAUGCAAAGCUAAUAAUCCUCGAAAUCAGCGGUGUGUGUGACACACACGUCCGCUGUCUUUCUGCCUCUCUUCAUCAUACACGCCCAGGAGGACGAACAAACCCGUUAGAGAAGAUGAGAACUCCACUUAAUGUCACUUUUUAAACUCUUUUUUUUUGUUUUCUGUGGGAUAAUGCUCGGCUAAUGUGAUGGUAACGUGGCUCAUGAACGCCGGGGGAUUUUCAGGAACUUUUUUCACCUCAGAUGCUCCGGAUCUAAUGCUUUCAUUUUUUACAGUUGUCUUGAAAUAGCCAACAACUGUCUAACACAGGUCUUUAAUUUAUAAUAUCAAGUCUAUGUAUUUUUAAAAUCGCCGAUGUUUUUAAAACCUUCAAGCUGUUUGUGUCCGAUAAGAAACGAUUUAUCCGGUUACAAUCUCGCAGAUUCAUUCACAGGCGGUUUACUGUGAACUGUCGUGUGGUAAAGAUGUUAUUCAGUCUGUAAGUAGUUGUGCAGAUGCUCUAAUAUUUUCCACAGUAUAUUUUGUAUUAAAACAGCUUUAUCUGUUGCUGUCGUCCUGGUUGAAGUGAGAUUUACGAGCCUCUAUCCACCGUUCGCGUGUUUCCACCCACCUCUGUCAGCUUUCAUUUUUGCUGUUUGUGAAGGAGUUUUAGUAGUCAGUACUAGGAAGGAAAGUGUCGUUAUUGUGUUAGGAUGCGGAAGGGAGAGGAGUAGAUCUGAUGGUAAACAUGUUAAAGGUUUAAAGUAAAUGGCUUGGUGAUCAUGUCGUCUAUGGAGGGUGUUUUCUCCUGGGUGGGUGACUGGCAGUGGCUCUGCAUGGUCACUCUGUUUCUGGCCUCCGUUGUCACUUUGAUUAUAUACUUGGUGCUGUAUUUUUCCAACGAACCUCGUGUUGGGAAAACACCUCUCAGUCAUGUGGAUUCAGAGGAAGCCGAUGGGAUUUUAUGCUGGGUGCUGUCUCUGAAAAGCUGGAAGAGUCACUGGAGAAGAGCGUGGUUCAGGAGCCUCAAUGAAGAAGCUAGAAGAUCACAGAGUGGGAUUCAGCUGACUUUUGAAGAAGAUGGUGUUCAGGCAUCAGAACUGGACGUGGACCAGAUUUCAAGCUUUACAAAAACACCCGGUCAAAAGAAUGUCCUGUGUCAGGUGGUUGGAAACAAGCUGCAGUUUUCUCUCAGUGCUUUACCAAGCUCAACAUCUUCAGAAACCCCCAUGAGAUACAGUGUGAAGAUCUCUCCACUUCGUCUGCAGCUGGCCCUACAGAUGAAAGAGGUGAACGAGGAGGUGGAGAUUUCCUGGGGGGUGCGUCACCUGGACUCUGUAGAUUUGCAGCUGAUGCCAAGUUUUGCGCAGGGAGAUUCUGAGAGUCUAAGUGAAACCGCUGUGAACGACAGGCUCAGACAAGUCUUGAGUCGAGCUCGAGCGUCCGUAACUCUGAGCAGCCGGCCUGCAGAGUCUGCAGAAGUCAAGGAAGUAAGGAACAAGACCUCGCAGGUGACCUCACCCCCAAAGCCCCCGCGAGCUCAUGAGUGGAAACUAUUAGUGAAGAACAUCCGGGUCACAUGCAAACAGGAGGAUGGUGCUGCAGGCGGCAUGAAUCCCCAGUGUGUCCUGCAAUUGGAUGAUCCUCCUCAGAAGGUCACCAGUUCAGUCUUGACUAACACAUCCACACCAGCCUGGGAUCAGCCCUUUAUAUUUGAGCUUAGCGGACGAUCAAAAGAGCUGAACAUCCAGGUUGUGGAUAACGGCAAACCUCAGGAGAGUGGUUUGUUAGGGCAGGUAUCUGUGCCUUUUGAUCUGGUGAAGAAACACCCCAAAGGUCAACAGACCUUUUCACUCAUGACCAAAGAUCAAGUGACCGGAUCGCUUACUACUGAGUUCACCUACCUGGAGCCCAGCGAGGUGCGUAGCUGGCAGACGCCCACGCCGGCCCCUACUAAAAGAGUGGAGAUGGACCGCACUGUGAUGCCCUGUGGCACCGUUGUUACCACUGUAACUGCUGUGAGGAGCAAACCAGGACGACCUUUAGCACCUGAAUCCAGAUCGCCUUCUAAAAGCAAGCUGGCGGAGAGAAGGGUGUCGGAGCAGACGUCACUACUCGGAGCCAAAGUUAGCAAAGCCCUGUCAUCGUCAGAUACAGAGUUAUUGGUGUUAAACGGGACCGACCCAGUAGCAGAAGCUGCUAUCAGACAGCUUCAUGAGUCGGCAAAACAAAAGCUCAAAUCUCCUGUCAAAAAGAGCACCAUCAUUAUCUCAGGAGUGGCCAAGGCCCCUCUGACACAGGAUGAGGAGAUGGCUCUGAUGGCAGGAUACGCAGCUGCGAUGGACGCUUCAAUGUCCGGAGCAUCUGAGGGCACCAGCAGCGAAGCAUUAUCCUCAGAAACAGUGGCAGAGCCUAGCAUUCUCGAACCCACAGAAUCCCUGGUGGGUGCUAAUGGCACAGACCACGUGGAGGACUGGGAGAGCCAGGGAGAGGACCCAGAUGCGGAUAAAACUUCUCUGUCUCUCUGUAUCUCUGAAACUGGUUCCAAAAAAGGAAAAGGCAGCUUCCUGCACAAGAGUGCCAAGCUAUUCUUCAGACGCCGGCAUCAGCGAAAGGAGCCGGGGAUGAGUCAGUCCCACAAUGACCUGCAGUACUUGGAGCAUCCAGAGGCAGCCGUGAUGGGCGACAGGGAAAAGAGGACGGCCACCUUCAGGCGCAUUAUCAACCGCAAGCUUCUGCCCAGGAGCAAGAGCAAACCCAACGGCACAGUGAGAGAACCGCCCACAUGAGCUGCCCACUCCAUUGCCUUCAUCAAAACUAAUAGCACCUCUUCAUUUUUCAUUCUACUUUUCACAUUCAUUCUCAGUACUUUUAUGCAAGUCGUUGCUUGUUUCUGGGCCAUAUUUGCCAAAACCUCUGCGUAGCAACAAUCACUCCCAUCAACUCCAUAUUGAAGGAAUAGUUCACCCUGUCAUAAAUUAUUCACCCUCAUGUCGUUCCAAACUUGUAGGACCUUUGCUCAUCUUCAGAAUGUAAAUUAAGAUAUUUUUGAUGAAAUCUGAGAGCUUUCUGACCCUGCAUAGACAGCGACACAACUGACAUUUGCAAGGCCCAUAAAGGUAAAAUAGUCCAUGUAACAACAGUGCUUCAACUGUAAUGUUAUAAAGCUACAAGAAUAUUAUAGAAAACUAAAAUAUGGACUAUUUUAAUGAUGUCCUUACUACCUUUCUGGGCUUUGAAUGUUUCUCCUAUGCUUUCAGAUUUCAUCAAAAAUAUCUUAAUUUGUGUUCCAAAGACAACCGAAGGUCUUACAGGUUUGAAACAACACGAUGGUGAGUAAUUAAUGACAGAAUUUUCAUUUUUGGGUGAACUAUCACUUUAACACCGUUAUCCAGAUUCUCUGAAAACCCCUUUCAUUAUUCAGACCCCUCAGCUCGGUUCUGGCUUGCGCUACGUCAUCUCUCUAUCCAUGUGGAGGAACAUCACAGCGCUUUCCCUACUUGACCGUUCUGUCGACACCAUUCACCUUCGUCUUUGGACUUUGUGUGUGUGUUUAUGCAAGAAAGUUUACAAAACAGCAUCCAAAUGAGCACCGUCUCUCUUCGUCGCUCCAAAUGACUCUGUGUCAUUUAACCUUAUGCAAAUAUUUAUCGUCAUGCAAAAGAUAUUCUGCGUUUGUGGCCUUCUAACCAAAGCGGGAUUUGAGGACAACCCUUUUUCUUGCCACCUACCUGAGCUUUAACCCUGUGGAAACCCUCUGGCGACCUGAUGGAUCCUGGAAUAUCAGACAAGGGAAUGCCAUCGAUUUGAUUUGCACUCGUUUAUAUGCUCAGAACUCGUUCCGGAUGCAGGGAUGUGCAGUGAAUUCUGUGGGGUUUGGUGAUGAACAUGCUCUGAAUUAGUUUAUUAAAAAUGUGUGAAAGACCUCCAUCUUGAUGUGAAUUGAAUAUGGGAGUUUUCAAAUCUGCAGUUUGACCAAAUUCAACGAUGGGAAUAGAGUUUUAUUUCCGAAAGUUGUUUAGCGAAACUUUUUCAGAUGGAGCAUGGUGUUUAAAAUGUUCUGGUUUGGCACUGAUAUGUUCGCUUUAAAACAGAUUUGGUGUUUUAGUUAUCUUUUAAUUUCUAAAUAUCAAACAGAGAUGGGAAAAUAUCAAUAAAUGGUUAUUUUAUUUUAAAUAUUUUUCUUUUAAGCAUACAUUAUGUAGUGUAAUGUGUAAUUAUGUGUAGACAUGUUUGAAUUAUUAUUUUUUUUCACAGUCAUUCCUUAAUGCCACACAUUUAAAAAAAAAAAAAAUGUGUGAAUUGUACCAAAGUUUUUUAACACUAAGCAAGGGCAUUUUCCCAUAGACAAAGGCUAGGAUGCAUGAGAAUUUAGCUAUUCAAUACAUUCAUGAUUUUUGAAUUAUUUUCCCAAGUUUUGUGUCUUCUGACCUGUAUUCUUAAGCCAUCUGAAAUGUUGGCUGUGAAUGACAACGUUUGCAUAUUGGAGCUCAUCUGUUGAGCCUGUGUGGAGAACUGCAGUGCAUUUGUGCUAUGGGAGUUUCAAUAACGGGCUCCGCUUGACAUUUACUUGACCUCAAGCUGCAUAUGUAGAAGAAACCUGAAUGCCUGUCCAUACUGAAUGUCGCCAGAAACAAACCUCAACAGUCUGGCUGUUAAAUAUGUAUGUUGGGAGGACUACUGUUUUGUGUUGUUUUUUCAUUUUUGUCUGUGUUACCAUGUGCAUCCUUGCUGCAAAGAGGUAUUUUCAAGUGAAAAGGAAGGAGGCACAUGAAGAUUUUAUUUUUUGUCCUGCUUGAUUGGGCCGGCCAGAGGUGAUCCAGUCAUGAAAUCUAACACAUCAGUCCUUGUAUAUGCAUAUCGUAAUGUAUCCAUGUGCAUUAAAAGAACUCCUCUUGUUAACUUCACUCAUCUGUGCUUUCUAUCAGAGUCUGGCCAACCAGAAGGACCUUAGAAAUUGCUGUUGUGAAUGAUAAUUGUAUCAUUGCUCACCAUAAAACAUGUACCUGCGAUGUUAAGAUUGCUCAUGUGUAUGGCUUGUGAAAUAAGAACUUAUCCACCUUAUUCUUCAACGCGGAAGUAAGCCUAUGGGCGAGAUUUCCGAUUCAUUAGCCGCUAUGGGGAAAUAACGAUGUGCUGCAAACGGUAAAACUCCACUGCAAACCAUUUGUUCAUGAUUGAUGUAAUACGUUAAAAUAAUACAGUAAGACACACCAAUUUGCAAAACAAGCUGUUUUGUACAGCUAAAAAUAGCUGGACGCACAUGAGACUCAGAAGCCAGACCCAUAAAAUUUGCAAAUGUCAACUUCCACUAUUACGUGGAAAAAUAAGGUGGAUAGAGCUGUUCAGUUUGAAGUCCUAAAACCCUCUAGAAUUAUCCGUCACAUUUUAAGAAUGGUGGUUUUGUCAUUUAUAAGUAAAAUAAACUCUGUCAUUACUUGAAGAAGCUUACUUGGUUCUAAAACAGAUGGACAUACUACUGUGCUGUGGCUAAUGUGUUGCUAAAUAAGGACUACAGCUAGUUUAUGAAUCACUGUUAUAGUCUUUACAUUGCAUUUGAUGUAUGACUUGUCUUGUGUUGUUUAAUGUUAAAGUCUUUUCAAGUAAUGAACUUUAGUUUUAGCUUCCCACUCGGUAAGCCUGCAAAUUCACGUCAUGACUGAACAGCUCUAUUAUGGGAAAGUGACAGUCUUUGAGAAAUAUCAGCCUGUGCUAUGCAGGGAGUCUGUUUAUUAAUAUAUCUUUAUUGGUUUGAGCAAUAAACACUGACUGAACA